AUGAAGAAGGACAUCAUAAGGUGCAGGAUCAGGACCUGGUCCAGAGGGUGGAUCUGGACAGAGCAUCAGGACCGAGCUGGGCAUCAGGGACACACUGGCUCCGACCAGGACCAGGACCAGGACCCGACUGCCGCGGCCAAUCAGGAGGCGGCCGAGGAGUCAGGCGGCAGUGUCCCGGCGCUGGUAAUCACUCAGGCAGAGGAGCCUCUGGGACCAGGACCAGCAGUGACCCCAGCAGAACCGGCGGAUCCUCAGAGACCACAGCGGCCCGCAGACCUGGUGAUCCCCGUGAGUCCCGCAGAGCCCGGUCUGAGCUCCAGCAGUGACGGAGGAGACAUGGCCUGCUCCGACCUCCUGUCUCUGAGGAGCGACUCCUUGUCUCUGGCCAGUGAGCCGACCGUCUCCAGGACGAGUGAAGAUGAUGAUAACAGAAGUGUGACUGCCUCCUCCGUCAUGUCUCUGUUCCACAGGGUGCAGCUGGAUCCUCUGGAGAAGGACUGGCUGAGGAGCUCAGCUCUGGGGAACAUGGCCGCUCAGCGUCAGCUGCUGUCUCAGGACUCCGGCCUCGUGUUGAAAAAGACGGCUCUUCACUGGGCAGCCAAGCAGGGCCGUCAGGAGGCGGUGGACAUGAUGCUUCGCUCCGGAGCCGACGUCAACGCCAGAUCGGAGCACUUCAGCGUUUUCGUCAGUCGCGUGUCGACGCCCACUUCGGACUCCGUGGAGAUGAGCUUUCUGCAGGAGAUAAUCAUCAUCAUCAUCAUCAUCAUCAUCAUCCUCAUCCCGUGUGUUUGUCCACAGGGUUACACGGCCCUCCACCUCGCCGCCAUUCACGGCCACCAGCACGUCGCCCACGCCCUGAUCAACACUUACAAUGCUAAAACCAAUUUAAGAGAUUAUCACGGGAAGACGGCUGUUCACUACUGGAGCGGCUGCAGCGACGCCUUCAACAAGCCGGACUGCCAGUCAGGUUCCAGGUUUUCUCGGGGAAGACAGACGCAGCGUUACGUUCUUCCAUCUUUGCUGAUGUCCCGCUCUCGCAGUCAGGGACAGCUCAACCUGGACUUCGGGACGGUGCCUCAGUCUGUCUCUCAGGACGCGUUGGACCUCCAAGUCUGACUUCUAUGUUCCUGCUGGACAACAACCACCUUCCAUGGUGAUCCAGAGCAUCCUGAAAAGUUCUUUAGGCUCCUGCAUCUUGAGUUCUUCUCGACAGAGACAUCAGCUUCCCCACACAGUCUGGUCCUGGUCCUGGUCCUGGUCCUGGUCCCGUGAUAGGCUGAGGAAAGACACUGCUGACUUUCAGAAAAAUGUAACCAGAACCUCUUCCUGAGCUCAGUCUGGUGGUUUUCACAGGCCGAAUUUAAAGGAUCAAGAACAUCGAAGCAGGUUUUUAGUUUGUAAUCGAAGGAUAAAAGAAUAGAGACAGAAACCAGAAAGUGAACACACACACACACACACACACACACACACACACACUUUCAACACUCCUGACCUCAUGUUAAAGUGUGACCCUGCACCAUCUCUUGUUUACAAAGAGGCUAAAUUCAACCUGAAUUCAUUAUUUCAGAUCACACUCACACACACUCAUGAAAUUACACAAAACAACGAUGUUGGAUUUCAUUUGAGGUCCAGAAACAAAUCAAUAAUCGAUAAUCUUGCAUCUUUUAAUCUGCUGUUGUAGUGACUUUGUAAUGACCACGAGUGUAAAAAUUUUCAUAUUUUCUCUGUAGAUGUUUGGUUGUUGUGUCUCCGCCUUUAAAUUGGUGAACGUCGGCACUUUU